GGGCGGGCGGAGGUAUGGCCGCCGCUGGGCCUGCGCCUGCCGCCCUUGGGAUGUGCGGGCUCCUGGGGCCCGGGGCAGCUGCCCUUCCCUCGGAGGGAGCCCUGGAGCUGGGCAAAGGGGCAGGGUUAAAGUGAAAAUACCUUUUGGAAACAAAUACCUUGAUGCUAUCUUUUCUGUCCCAGAGAAGAAACCAACAUAUGGAGUGAUUCUUACUCAUGGAGCUGGAGGAGACAUGAAUUUCCCUCACUUGGUGUCCUUGGCAGCCUAUCUUGCAUCCCAUGGAGUUCUGUGCCUGCGGUUUACUUGUAAAGGCCUUAAUGUAGCCUACAGGACUAAGGCUUUCAAAGCAGUUGUGGAAUACUUAAAACUUUGUGAUGAUUAUAAACUUUCUGGUGUUUUCCUUGCAGGCCGUUCCAUGGGCUCACGAGCUGCUGCCUCUGUGAUACGUCAGCUGAGCCAGGGUGAUGAUGAUGAUGAUGGCUUCAUUCAAGGUCUCAUGUGUUUAUCUUACCCAUUGCAUCGACCAAAACUGCAAUCCAAGCUCCGGGAUGAAGAUUUAUUACUGAUCACAUGUCCAGUGCUGUUUGUCUCGGGAUCAGCAGAUGAGAUGUGUGAAAAACAAUUGCUAGAAGGUGUGGUGAGCAAAAUGAAAGCCCCUAACAAAAUCCAUUGGAUUGAUAAAGCAAACCAUGGGAUGGCAGUCAAAGGACGAACGGCAGAUGAUGUCAUGGAAGAAGUAAAUGCACAAGUUUUUUCUUGGCUUAGAGAGAAUGUUCAACUGUAGCACAAAUAAUUUGCAGUGUUCAAGAAGUAUCUUCAUUUAGUUUUUCCUAAAUGUGGCAAAUAAGGGGUUUGUUAUUUUUUAGAAGCAUAUUUUUUUAAAAACUGAUGUUUUCAGAGGUCUAAGUGAAAACACAAAUAAAGCUUUGUAAGAAU